AUGGGGAAGGGAGAUGAGGGAAGGAGAAAAAAAUUUUUUGGGUCUACCUUUAAUCUCCUGAGGUUCCAUAAGGGAUUCCUGGCAAGGAGGGAGACCCACCCACUCGGCGCUCCUUCUAAGGAAAGGAAGUCAAAGACAACGCGAGGCCAGCAUUCUGGCCUUUUCCUGGAGGGGAAUGGCAAAAGGGGGAGAGGUGCCAGAAGCUGGGGCACCGUAAAGGGGUCCCAAAUCAGAAAGGGUCGAAGUUCACGAGGGAGAGGGUCAAGGGUCAGGAAGGCACAGGAGAAGCAAUUUUGGAGGCAAGAGUGCAGAGACUUGGAGUGGCAUUCAGCUUGGAGAAGAAAAUCUCAUCGCAAACUCAACGAUCCCCUCCCGUCAAGUUAUUUCCUCUUACCAGAGCCUGAAGGGCCAGCAGCGACGACACGACAAGUCUCAGGGGCCGAAGUGUUCCCACUUCCGACUCAGCACGGCAACCGGAACUUACGUCACGAUCAGGCGCCGGGCCUUGUGGAAUCUCAUCCGGGCGCCGGAAACAGGGUGUGCCCCUCUGCGCUGGGAACUGGAACGCAAACACCUCCACAGCGCACGCGCUGGCUGGCUGGGCGGGGCGGAAGUGGCCGGAAGUGGCCUUGGGCUCCGGCUGGGCGGGUCGGGGGCGGGUCGGGGGGCGGGGGCAUGGGGCGGUGGUUCGUUAGGAGUUUGGUGAAACACUAG